AUGGCCGAUAGAGGAUUGAGACGUGGUGCGGGCACUCCUUUCUACGCCCCGCCACGACGAAAGACCUCCGCUGAGAUAAUCAGUGAAGCUCGAGCUGCUAUAUUUGAUGAAAUGAACAGCAGCUCCAGUGGGUCCAGCGGCGUGGGUGCCUUGCGUCCGUUGCGUACACGCCGCCCGUUUACACCACGCGAGCCUCAACGAACUCUGUUCACAGAAAGAGCACGCAAGCGUGAACACAGACCGCCUAGUGCUUUUGACCUCAAGUAUUUAAGCCUCUCAGAAGACGGUGAGGAUGUUCCGAUUAAACCUUCAGGGAUCUGCACUGUAACUUGCCAAGAAGAUUUAAGCGGAGGUCAGACAGUAGAAUUAAAACAUGGAACAAAGAAGGAUAAUUCGUUCCGCAAUCAAGGGCAAUCAGAGCGUAGUGGGGAUGGAGUCAUCUGGCGCGGAUUCACUAAAUUACCACAUCUCAGUGGCAAAAGCAAACCACUACAUCGACGUAACACAACCGGCCAAUUGUCGGUGGACGGGUGUCCUACAACGUCGAAUUUGUCAAAAACUAUAUCAGUGACUAGACCGUUAGAUAUGAAUAGUGAUCUCAACACCACCAGUGGCUUCUCUAAUGAUCAUCAUGAAAAUAAAUUAUCUAGGGAUAUAAAACGUAAUUUUCCAGCAUACGGCACAGACGGCGGUGGUAACAAGCGGCGAAUAUAUACCAGUUCGAAGUCAAUACCGUGCGAUACUGGACCAAGUUCCGUACUCGGUGAUAUUCCAGUCAAGCACUUGGCCUUGCAAUUGCCAAAUACGUCCCUCGAUAACUACGAAAGCAUGACCAUACUAGAAUUGGCCGAAGCAUUGACAUCGCAACGCGCCUCCGACACCGAGAGAGUUCUGCUCCUUAUGGAACAGCUGCAGAAUAUGUUGGAAAAGACAACGCCGUCUGGUAAUCUACGUGAACUCGUUCUGCGUUCCCUCUACGUCCACUUAGACAGCGAAGAAGAGCGGGUGUUGGUGGCCAUCGCAAGAGCUUUGUUAACGAUGCGAGUGACUGGAAAACAUUUAGCAGCGGCGUGUAAACUGGUCUUCAAAAUUGCCAGAAAUGACAAGAAUGACCAUUUCUUCAGAAAUAGCAAUUUAUUAGAACUAUUGGUUGAGGGCUGCGGUCGAGCCGAUCCCCUGGCAGAAAGCGAAUGCUGUGUGUACGGAGCUGGCGCGCUUCGUUUCUUGGCGCUGGAACCGCGUCUCUGCGCGCUCGCACAUCGCGCCGGCGCCUUGCAUUUAGCCGCACUACAUCUGAAGAUACUUAAUACUGCGAAAGCGGAAAGACCCAGACAAGUGCAGGAAGAAGCUACGCACGCGCUCUAUCAGUUGACGGGCGCGCUUCGCAACUUGGCGAGUGGGGGGCCAAAAACAGCGGACGCUUUCGUAUCCAGCGGUGCUCUCGCAGAAUUGUUAGCGGCCCUGCCAUUGCAUACAGACCGUGAUGUUCUGACCAAUGUGGCGCGGUGUCUCAGUGUGUUAUCGGGCGAGGAUUCGUGCUGCGAGUGGCUUUGUGCGUCGUCGUGGAGCGCGCGUGCGUUGCUGCACGCGCUGGCGGCGUGCGCCCCGCGCGCGGCGCUCGCCGUCAGGCUGGCGUACACGCUGGGCAACAUGGCCGCCGCGGAUGAACAGGCUAGGAUAAACAUCUACAACGAAGAUGGUAGCGUAGACGUGUUAUUGACUAUACUGGAGUCCUACACAAACCGCAACGAACGUGACACGAAGGACCCCGAUUUGGACCCAGAUCUCCAUUUAGUAGGUUCAGAUUUAGGUGGUUCAGAUGGCUCGAAUGAAGAUGUUUUAAUAAAGACGGUUCGGGUCGUUGCAAACUUAUCCCUGGCAGAGCUGGCGGGGCGGGGAAUAGCCGCUCAUCACGCUGAACGCACUGUGAAAGCCCUGCUGUCGUGUUUAGAGGUAGCUGAGAGACCUUCAGACAAACCGGUGAGCAGUUCAAAAGAAACAGAGGGGGACAUAUACAGGGAACGUCGUGAAGAAUUAGCAACGGCCGCCCUUGCUACUCUCAACAACAUCACGUUCUAUCUCGAACCAGCGGAUCCCCUCGACCCGCUGGAUGAUACUAUUGAGCUGCUUUGUAAAGCAACAUGCCGCUGGCUACGGAAGGAUAGCGAAGGAAUGAAUGCGGCUGCGUGCGAAGCUGUACGAACGCUUGGCAACCUAUCGCGAUCGACGCGGGCCGCGCAGUGUCUAGUGGUUGAAGGCGCGUUGGAUGCACUCUCGCCUUUUCAGGAGCACGAGGAGGCGAGCGUGCGGUACGCGGCGGCAGGCGUGCUGGUGAACGUAUGCGGGGCGGGCGCGGGGGGCACGGGGGGAGCGGCGGGAGCGGCGAGCGCGGCGCUGCGGUGCGCAGCUGCGGCGCGCGACGUGCUGGCCGCGGCGCUGCUGGCGCGCGCGCUGUGGAACGCGCACGCGCACCGCCCGCUCGCGCCCUCGCACGCCCACCUCAUCACCGCCGCGCUCGCCGCCUUCCUCGACGAUGACUCAGUUUUCACGGCGUGCGAGGCGUCGCGUGUUGGUCAACGGCGCGCGAGUGAUCCGGAAAUAUCCAAACGCAAUUACGUAAAAUUCGACAUAGAGAACAACAAUGGGACGGAUUUCAGUGAAACCUAUCGUACUGCUGGCGCCAAACCUGCAAUUGCUAAAGCUAUAAGUAUAAGUGAAGAUUUGUACCACGGGUCUGGUGACGAAGAUUGGGAACGCACGGGACAUUCGGGCGAGGAUCUGGGUUUCGAGGAAGGGGAUACCUUGGGCGAGGACGAAUGUGGCUGCGAACCAUGCCGGCGUCUGGCGGCGUGGGACGAACUGGUGGGAGUGGCGAUACCACUACUGGAGAAACUACGACCGCCUAAAGCAGACGCUUCUGUUGGGACCGAUUGA